AAUUGAUGUUGCGUUUGAGGCCCAGAUGGGUGUUAAAAGAGGGCCGAAGAACUUGCGAGAAAAAUACGAAAAUUUGAAACGAAAAGCAAGAAAGUCCCUAGCCGAAGAGAGAAGGGAAAUGUACAAAACAGGUGGUGGCCAAUUCCGAAGCUAUACUGACUCCAACACAGACAGGCUAGCAGCUUUAAUGGGCCAGUCGGCAACCGGCUUGUCCAACAGUUUUGAUAGUGAUGUCAUUACAUAUGAAAUAGAGACGAUAGCAGAAAAUGACGUCGUUCCCGAAAUUUUUGGGACAAUACAAACGAUUGGAGCGCAUGGAACCCAACACUGCUUAAAAAGAAGAAAUCUGAAAAACUAG